UGAUGAUGAUGAUGAUGAUGAUGAUGAUGUUAGAUGAGACGUGCUUUACUGGUCCCACUGAUGAAGACCAUGGUGACCGUGAUGAAGACAGUGAUGCGCGCGUCACUGUGCCAGGCUGUGUCUGUCUGUCCCUGCGGCCGUUCAUGUGCCACUGACGACAUCAGCGUGUGAACGGAGCAUGCUCAGAACAGCCUCACUGGACUGCGCGUGGAGAGGCGCUCCAGACUUCCCAUGAGCCUCCGGGCCGAGCACAUGGAGAACAGAGCCGCAACAGUCCACUUCUGGCUUCGCGCACACACGCACGCGCGCGCUGCCCCCUCACGCUUGGUCUCGGUGUCGCAUGGUGGUGGACGACUCAGACCCUCUCAGUCGGCCUCAACAACCGAACCCUCUUGCAGCUCUUGUGGAGUCUUCGAGCCACCUGAACUUCAACUUCUGCAAGUGGUGCGAGGCGUCCCGGCCCGUCUGCAGGGAGCAGCUCUGCCUCAGCAACUGCUCCGAGGGCUCCUUCUGUGGCGCCAUCGAGGAGCUCUGCGUGGCCGUCUGGAGGAAGAACAACGAGUCCACCGUGGUCCAAACAAUGUGCCACAACCCAGCGUUGCCACUAGAGGGCGUGCAGGCCGGCCUGUCGCGCGACGGCUUCUCCAGAGAGUGCCACAUGACCCCGGCGCUGAGCGACGACGGCGCCGUGAUGGUGUGCGGCUGCAGAGGAGCGCACGAGUGCAACGACCGGCUGCUGUUCCACCGUCCACCGGCUCGUGGUCAGUCCGGCUUUGCCCGGCUCCGGUCUACAGACGUGCUUCCGGUGGUGAUGGUGAGUCUGGCUCCGCUCCUCCUGGUGGCCUUGACCAUCAGUGCCACCUUCUACUGCUAUCGUAGCCAUCAGGCUGGGAGGCCCAGCGGGCACCCUGGCCGUGCCUGGACCUCCAAAAGCUCAGCGGGGCUGCGGCAGGUUCCGGACCAACCUUGUGGGAGCCUCCGGUUUCUGGGGGAGGUCACGCCUCCCGAGGACGACGGCGCGGGGGCAGAACUGCUGCCGAUCAGGCUGGAGACCGUGGUGGGCCGGGGCCGGUUUGCUGAGGUGUGGAGGGCCACGCUGCUGGCGGGCGGCGAGGACGUGGCAGUGAAGGUGUUCCCCGCUCUGGAGUGCAGCUCAUGGAGGAGCGAGCGCUCCAUCCUCGCGGACCCCAACCUCCAGCACCACAACGUGGUCCGCUUCCUGGCAGCCGAGGAGAGGGCCACGCUGGGCCACAGGACCUUCUGGCUGGUCUUGGACUAUCAUGGCCGCGGGAACCUGCAGGACUUCCUCAGAGACCACGUCCUCAGCUGGCAAGAACUGGUCGUCAUGGCAACCAGCGUCGCCCGAGGAUUGGCCUACCUCCACAGCGACACCACAACCAGCGGGGAGCCCAAGGUGCCCGUGGCCCACCGGGACCUGAAGAGCAGCAACGUCAUGGUGAAGCAGGACCAGCAGUGCGCGCUGUGUGACUUCGGCCUGGCGCUGCGACUGGACCUGGCGCUGACCACGGACGACUUGGCCAACAGCGGACAGGUGGGGACGGCUCGGUACAUGGCUCCCGAGGUCUUGGAGUCUCGCGUCAACCUGGAGGACCCGGAGACCUUCAAGCAAAUGGACGUGUACUCGCUGGCUCUGGUGCUGUGGGAGAUGGGCUCACGCUGCCGUGCCGCCGGAGAGGUGAGGAGCUACCAGCCAGUGUUCGGGUCCCAGGUCUGUGACCAGCCCAGUGUGGACAGCAUGAGAGAGCUGGUCCUGAGGGACAGAGGGCGACCCCAGAUCCCGCUCACCUGGACUCAGCAUCAGGGGAUGAGCGUGUUCUGCUCCACCGUGGUGGAGUGCUGGGACCAUGACCCGGAGGCGCGGCUCACGGCGCACUGCGUGCUGGAGCGCUUCAGCUCCCUGGAGCGGGAGGCGGAGCCCGCACCUCAGCAGCGCCCGCGCCAGGCCACUGGCCGCUCCAAGUCUCCGCCUCCUCCUCGCCGCGCCGGGGCCUCCAUCUGUCCAGCUUCUGCUCCUCCACCAUCCGCCGCACACCUGCUCUAACGUCCCACGCUACACACAGCAAAGUCUGGGCUGAUCAGGAGAGUGGGAGCCCGCCCGCCCCUCAGCUCAGGUGUGACCAGCCAGGUGAGGAGAUACGCGUUUUAAUUCACCACAGUGUGGACAGAAGUGCGGAAGAGCCUGCCCCCUGGUGGCCCGACACACAAACUGCAGCAGUGUUUUUCAGCGGCCAUGACGUCAGACAGUCGCGUCAGCUUGCGGCGCCCCCUGCAGGCCGCUCCGGCUCCGGCCUCUCUUUGAUCCACAGGAAACCCACCUGGGUCCCAAAGUUGGGUCCGUCUCUGACGUGAGAGAAGAAGCGCUGCGGGUGGCAGGAGGUGCAGAGGGUGACGCCGGCGCGGCCGCUCACCGUGUCGUCGUGGAUCCUCUCCGGCAGAACCCCGCCCCUCUGGAGGAGGAUCCUGGGAGGGAGGGUGGCAGGGGGUCACAGGGGUCACCGCGGGCGGACGCCGCGCCUACCUGUUCUGCAGCCGGAUGUUGACGUGCGGCCGCUCAGACCCGGGGUCGGCCACGCAGUCGGGGUGGAAGUCCAGCGCCCUCUCCCGGUCCAGCCUGAAGCAGCACGGCCCCACGGACGGGCCCAGCACCACCAGCAGGUCUUGGACCCGGCAACCGAACCCCGUCACCAUGGCCUCCACGGUCGCCACGGCAACGCCCAUCAGCGUUCCUCUCCAGCCUGCAGGUUGGAGGAUUGUGAUGAUGCUGGUGGCUCUGCGCAGGAGCUCAGCUGGGCGGCAGCCGCUGCAGCCACGCCAUGACUGACCGCGUGAGGUCGCGCCACUGCAGUGACCUCAAGCGUCGCGGCUGUUUCCCUGACGGUUGGAGCCACAGCUGCCGUGCGGAGUCCAAACACAAGGGGGCAGCCUUGACCUGCUCUCUGUCACCGUUCCGGAGCACGUUCUUAUCCCGAGAUAACGGCGAUCUCGUGCUCAUU